UUUGGAAUCCUCUCGUUGGCGAACAACUCCCUCACGCACAUCACGGCAGAAGCAUUCUCGGCUCUGCCACACCUGAAACAUCUCGAUCUCUCCAAUAACAAUCUGCUCUCAUUACCGAAGAAUGUGUUCAGUAAGCUGAAGAACCUCGAGACGCUGACUCUAUCGAACAACGAGCUACAAUUGUCUCCAGACACCUUUGCGGGACUUGUCGCCUUACAGCGACUAGAGCUGACCUCAAAUCGACUGGCUUAUUUGCCACCAUCGGUCUUCCGAAGCCUGAAAUCGUUGAAGAUACUCGAUUUGGCCAACAAUAAGCUAUUGGCGCUACCAGCUUCACUUCUCUCUACCAUGCCACAACUGAGACAUCUCGACGCCAGCCACAAUCUUCUUUCCGACGUAAGAAUUCUUCGUUUUCUUGAAUAA